GCAAUCUCAUAAGAGCGGUGCGAACCUUCUUGCCGUGCCGAUCACUCCGUUGCGUUCAUUUGCAAAGAAACAAAGAAGUACUGUUUACAGAAAAGAUGCGACGCCGCGUGGGUGUUGGUCAUGUGCUGCAGGAGCGCCAGCAGCAGCAGAAGAUGGCCGACCUCGGGGCCCAGAUUACGGCGGAGCGGGUGGGCCAAAUUGAAGAUCAGCUCGAGGAGCUCCAAGCACAGCUGCAAAAACUUGCCCACAACCACAAAAGAGAUAUUAAAGAAGACCCCGUGGUGCGCGCACGCUUUCGCCAACUGGCUGACUCUCUCGGUGUCGAUUUGAUUUCGUCCAAGAAAAAUGUGUUUGCCGGGGCUUUGGGUCUCGGCGACUUCUACUACCAACUUGCUGGCCGUGCUGUUGAGGCGUGCAUGAAGGAACGCAAGUUCUGUGGCGCCUACGUGCCACUGCAGCGCGUGCAGUUCUUUGUGCAGAAGGCCUACGACUCGAGCUCUCUCACAAGCAGUAACGCGCAGCACCGCAGCAACGUAAGCUCUCACUCGGGCAGUGGCGGGAAAGAGCAAGAAGUAAAGCGAAUCGUCAUCACGGAGGCCGACAUUCUCACCUCGCUGUCCAAACUCUCCGUCCUCGGCGCGGGCUACAACGUCGUAAAACUCGGUGGUGUGUCCUACAUUCAAACCACGCCCGAUGGCGCCAGCGGUGGCGAUCACGUGCUGCUGCUCAACUACGUGCUAACCCUUCAAAAGGAGCAGGUGGCGAAGGCAACGACGCACCAAACAACCUCGACCGCAUCGCCUCUCACGUCGUCACCACUUCCACUCUCAAAAACUGGGGCCGCUAGUCCCCGCAGCGGAGUCGGCGCAGCCUACGCCCUCGGCGCCCACCCGUUUAGCUUCGGAGAAGGCGGCGGCGACGCACGCGACGCGGACGUGCACAUCUCCUUCGCGCAGCAGUGCGUGGCAGUGCGUGAGGCCGACGUCGCGCGCGGGCUGCACUGGGAGACACACCGCGCGCGGGCGGCGUUGAAGCGAAUGGUGCAGGAGGGGACCGUGUGGGUAGAGGAGCCGCAGUCGACCGCAGGCAACGCGGCGGUCAAAUCGAGAAGCCCUGCGAAGCCCAAGGCGGUGUUUUCUGCCACAGAGGAGGGAGGGAAGGAGGUGUGGAAGGGGCGGCACAACGGAACGGCUGAGGAGGCGGACAAGGAGGACGUCCUGUACUGGUUCGUCUCUCUCACCUCUCACGCAUGA